AUGAAAUCAAAAAAGAUCAAAUACACUUAUUCCAGGGUUUGGAGAAAAGCUUUAGAGAGAUCUUUGAGACCUAUGUCGGCUCAAAACAAAAGUAUUUUUGGCGCAGAGUUCCCGGUAAAAGAACCAAGUCCUCAUUUUCAGCACGAGAGAACAAUGGCUGUUCAUAUGAUAGAUGUGCCUGUGACCAGAACAUCAUCUACUCCUGAAGCUUCCAGUCAACGGACUCCCCAUGCGCUCACACCCCCGCCGUUCAAUUACACACAAUACAUGGAAAGCUCGUUUGAUGAAUCCAGCCAUGCUGGCUGUAAACCGGAGAACAUCGAGGAUACAUUCAACGUACCUUACGGUGUUGAUGCUCAGGGCAACUGGUAUGGUGAUGUGCCAACCCCAGGGGCUCAUACAGAUGAAUACAUGGGUCGUGCAGAAAAUUUGUUCAAGGAACCAAACUCUUCUGAUGUCCAGCGCGACGAAAACAGAGAGAAACAUCUGCCUUCUUCUCAAUCUGAUCAUUCUGAUCUUUGGCACGCACCUACUCCGGGCAAUCAUGAUAGUGCAGAGGUGGAAACCAACGAAACCCCUUUAGAUGAGCCGAAUGCUUUCAAUAUGCAAGACACUUACACUAUUCUUCCGCCUCCUACCCCUCCAAAUAUGAGGCCUGAUUCUAGCCAAUGGGAUAGCAAAGUAGGAAAUACAGACCCAGAAGUCGAAACUCCGCAGAAUAUACUUCGAUUAAGCGUUACUAAGGGCUGUGAAAAGAUUGAAAAAGAUUGUCAGGCUGGGAACCUACCAGAGAAUGUUGCUAACAGAGCAAAAUACCUUUUGAAAAUGCUCUCCCAGGCUGUUGCAGAAUUCACUUAUCUUCAUUUGGACGAAACCAUGAAUAAAGUCCUAGCAGUCCUUGUUGCCUGUUGUAUCUAUAUCGCCUGUCAACAGUGCAAAAUCCCCCGAACCUUCAUUGCAAUUCGGGUGCUCACAGAAACUUCUUCGCUGGAAUUCAAACAGUCUGUUCGCAAAUCUUUUGAGAUCAUACAGAAGUAUAUCUUUGAGACUAAAUGCUCUUGCUUGAGGGCAUUCAGGGCAUCUUCUGAGGGAUGCUGUCAGAUAUGCCAUAGGCUGUAUAAAAAGGAUGUCGUGAGCAGAAUCUCUGAGUCACUAGCGUUCUGCAUAGAAUGUUCGGGUGCAUAUCACAUGAGUUGUGUAACAUCACUCAGUGCGACGAUUCCGACCCCCGACCCUAGCGGCUUAAUUUGUCGACGAUGCGUUCCAUGUAUUAUUCAUCCUGACGUUGAACAAAAUCCAGGAAAGCCAACAGAGAAGCGUUUAAUAGCCGCUCGCAAUAGUGUUAGUGUCAAAUCCAAUGAUGGCGACAAUAUUGAGAAGUCAUUCAAAUUGCGCGACGAUCGAUCCCAAAGCCCAGACUUAGUAAGGGGAGAUCUCAAAGCCAACUCAAUAGACAAUAAGAUGAUAAAAUGGCUUAUGAAACGUUGCAGGAAUCUCCAAAAAAGACAAGAUGAGGACAUUGUAAAAGUUCUCGCCUCUGUCCAGCAAGAUUUUCUGGCACGAAUUGAGAAUGCAGAAAAUGCGACAAUAAGACUACUAGAGCAGAAUUACCAGGCACCCCGGAUUAAAUUGGGCAAGGCACAAGAAGUCUACUUGUGUGCUCUUCAAACCGAACUGUUACAAUGUAAUCUACAGUCUAAUUUGGAAAACUUCCUCGCGGGAUUACAGCAAAAAAACAAGACGAGUGGAUUUAAAAGAAACCGCAGUAUUCUUGAGCCGUCGGAUGAAACUUGCGAAGAAUUCAAGACCGCUCUUGUGAGCCGUCACUCUGAAACUGCUACAGGAGGAUCCGCAAAAUAUGCCGACAGGUCCUCGGAACCUAGAAGGGGAGAUUCCCCGCAGCAUUUUCAGGUUGCUUCAGCAGGACCUCAGCGCUCAUCACGAUACGAGCUAGGCUCCGAAUUAGAGGAGGGUGACACUCAAGAGCAUCCAGAACCUAGGUCUCGGAAAUUUGAACCUGGUAUGAGAAAUGGUCAACAAAGAAAAGCUAAGAGAGCAAGAAUUGACAUGCAAGAACAGAUGUCGCAAAGUGCCAGUCAGACCGCAGCUCCAAAAAAGUAG